CAUCCAGCAAUCGAGCUCACGUACGCAAGCGUCCCUUUAGCUUCAUACAACCCCGGGCGUGCCUGAUUGAUCAUCAGCCUGCUGCCUUUCCUUUAUUUGUCAAUUAGUUUUGAUUGAUACUUAACGAUUGAUUCUGGAUUUGAUCUUGAACUCGAAAUUGAGAUUCGUCAAAGAAAUCGAAUUAAACUCAGAAUUCAACGAAUUAGAUCGAUUUCCAUAUUCAUUCACGUUUUAAUCUUUCACCGGAAUCCAAUUCAUAUUGAUACACCAAUUGAUUCGAUAUUACGCGUCACAUCGUUGUCGUCGACCCGUAUUCAUCAUUGAUCUACUAUUUGCUAAGACACCAACGUAAUUAUUAAAAAUAUAAAUCAUUCACAAUAUAGUCAACGUCAACAACAAUCAGCAUCAACUUCAUCAGCUCCAACGUCAUCAAGACUGACAACAUAAUCAACGCCAUCUAACAAUCGAAACAACAUCGUAAUUUCAUCACUUUUCAUUAAUUAAAUCACAAUGAGCUCAGACAAUCUCAACAUUCCUGGUUCUGGAACUAAGAAACCCAAGAACCUCCACAUCGCCCACCGGCGGCUGCCUUCGGAAUUGACAACGUUGAUGGUGGAACAGUACAAUCUCCAGCGACAAUUGGAACAAGUCCAGGCACAACAGAAGCAGAUUCUCCAGCAGCAACAAUUGGCUCAACAGCAAUACGCUUAUCCACCACCACAACAGCAGAUUCAACAGCAAUCCCAACAGUCACAAUCUUCAGAACUCAUGCCACCUCCUGGUUAUCGUUCUCACCUGAGAUCAUCGUCCACUAAUGCACACAGAAGAACUGGCUCUUCGUCCAACAACGCAGCGCAGGGCCACAACAGAAGACAUUCGCUUGGUUUGAACGAAGCCAUCAAAGCAGCUGCAAACCAGAGGCAGACCAACAGAACUUCUUUGAGCCCAUCGACAACUACACCUUCGUCUUCUGGUGGAAACGAUGACAUUGUUUCUUUCAAAUUUCCACCACCUCCGUCCAGCGAUGAUUCUGAAUCGCCUUCGUCGUCUCAUUCUCGUUCCAGGUCUCUAGCUUAUGGCCAACAAUCGUUUAAGUUCCCUGCAUCUAACUCUUCGGACAACUUGUUGCCUCCCACUCCUAACUUCUCGAUCGGCCAGAGUCCCGAACGAGGCCAUCAGAGACGAGGAUCUCACUACAGAAGUGGAUCCCGCAACUUUGAUGCCAAUGGUAUCAACUCAAACUGGAGAGCUCAGCAAGGAGCCAGUUCAGCUGGCAACAGUAGUAACACUUCUCUGCUAGAACCACCUCAGGCGUCAUUUGUUCCUGGUCACAAGCCUCGUAACAGCUCGUAUGGAGGUUCUGUUUCUUCUUUGUCGCACUUCUUGCCUGGAUCUGGUGGUGGAAAUCACGGAAACACUGCUAACAAUGGCCGCAAGUCUCUUUUCGCUCCUUAUUUACCCCAGUCGUCUUUGCCAGAGUUGAUUAGCGAUGGUCGUUUGGUUACAGGUACGUUAAGAGUUAACAAAAAGAACAGAUCAGACGCCUAUGUCUCAACGGAUGGUUUAUUGGAUGCUGAUAUCUUUAUUUGUGGCUCAAAAGAUCGUAACAGAGCCUUGGAAGGCGACUUAGUAGCUGUAGAGUUGCUAGUGGUCGACGAGGUUUGGGAUUCCAAGAAAGAGAAAGAAGAGAAAAAGAGAAGAAAAGACAACACGUUGAAUUCCAGACCAUUGAAUGACGAUAUCCACAAUGAUGCUACUUCUGCACCUUCGAACGAGAGUGGAAGUACCCCAGGUACAUCCUUAGAAGAUGAAAACGACAGCAAUGAGGGGUCUGGUUUGGCUAGAAGAGGCUCGUUGAAACAAAGACCCACCAUGAAGAAGAAUGACGACGUAGAGGUAGAGGGCCAGUCGUUAUUAUUGGUGGAAGAAGAAGAGAUCAAUGACGAUGUCAAGCCGUUGUAUGCUGGCCAUGUAGUUGCAGUUGUAGACCGUAUUCCUGGGCAAUUAUUUGCUGGUACAUUGGGCUUAUUGCGACCAGCGCAAGCCGCCCAGGCUGCAUUGGAUAAGAAAAGCGGUAAAGAAUCUUCGGUACAGACCCCCAAGUCUCCCAAGAUUGUUUGGUUCAAGCCUACGGACAAGAAAGUGCCCUUGAUCGCCAUUCCUACGGAACAAGCACCCAGAGAUUUUGUAGAGAAUCACGAAAAGUAUGCCAACAGGUUGUUUGUGGCCUCAAUUAAGAGAUGGCCUAUUACAUCGUUGCAUCCUUUCGGUACUUUAGUUAGUAGGUUGGGCAAGAUUGAAGACCCCAACACUGAGAUUGAUUCCAUCUUGAGGGAUAAUAACUUUUUAUGUGACGAGUAUCCCGAUGAUUAUUCAGAUCCUUCGUCCAACGUCUAUGACUUACCCAGCACCGAAGCUGAAUUGUCCAAUCCCGAUAGAAUCGAGUACUUAAACGAUUACAUUAUUGCAUUUACUCAGAAUGGUACGUUUGUGGACCAUGCUUUGCAUGUCAAACGACUUUCUAAUACCAGAAUUGAGUUAGGUUUCCAUGUGGUUGAUGUAUCUUACUACAUCAAGCCCGGUUCGACUUUGGACCGGAAAUCCAAGAAAAGAUCGUCUUCUGUGUUUUUGCCUCAGAAGAUCGCACACUUGUUCCCUGAGCAGGUAAACGAAGUGCUCUCCUUCAAAGAAAAUGAGCGUAAUUUGGCUCUUUCUGUAGUUUUUGAGAUCGACACUGCCAACUUUGAAGUUGAGGACUUGUACAUUCAUGAGUCUAUCGUUGUUCCCAAGCAGUUGGUGAGCUACGAUGCCUUCGACUCGAUUUUAGAAGGUACCCCAAUCGACAGUAUCUCUUCGGCUACCUGCGAUUAUAUAAAGACUUUCAGUUUGAUAGCUAAAGAGUUCCGUCGGCAGAGGUUGGAUAACCGUGAGUUAGGCAUAACUCCAAACUUGACAUUGUUGGACCAAUUGGAUGAUGAGAAGGUACGUUUGAACUUGAAUAUUUUCAAGGACAGUUUAGCCUACGACAUCAUCUUUGAAAUUUCACACAAGGUCAAUAAUGCUAUAGCUGCCAAGGUGCAUGCUGGUUUGGGUGAACAGGCGCUUUUGCGUCGUCAUCCUUUGCCUACGUUGCAGAAGAUGGAGACGUUUGUGAGAAAGGCCACAAAUUUGGGCUUCAAGAUUGACACCACCACUUCGUCGACCUUGCAAAAGUCGAUCUUGCUGAUUGAAGACCCCGUCAAACGCAAGUGCAUAGAGACGUUGUUGUACAAGUGUAUGUCCAGAGGUAAAUACUAUGUUGCUGGAAAGCAGGAUCCCGAUUCCUAUGGUCAUUACUACUACAAUCUUCCUCUUUACACUCACUUCACGGCUCCUUUGAGAAGAUAUGCUGACUUGAUAGUCCAUAGACAAUUAAAGGCCGUGUUGAAUAAGGUUGAAGAGGAAAAGGAUUUGGAUUCUUUGAAGGCUACUGCUGAUUACUGUAACUUCAAGAAGGACUGUGCUGCCAACGCACAAGCCCAGGCAAUCCAUUUGUUGUUAUCACAGACAAUUAACGAAGUCAGCGAGAAUGCUGGUCAGUUAUUGUGUAUGGGAACAGUACUCCAGGUUUAUGAAUCAUCUUUUGAUGUGUUUAUACCUGAGUUGGGAGUUGAAAAGAGAGUCCACGGCGAUCAACUUCCUUUGGUGAAGGCCGAGUUUGACAAGGCUACACGCACUUUGGAGUUGACCUGGGAGAAAGGCGUAGAUUCUGCCACAUACAUUCCUGCGGAUGAGCAAUCGUCGUUGUCGUACAGAAACUCAAUCAAGAACAAGUACAGAACUUCAGCAUUACAAGCAGCCAAGUUACAGAAUAAGACUCUUUUGGAAAAGAACAAUGUGACAACUGACUCCAUCAUCGAGAAGUUGGCCAGAUUGAACUUGGAACCUCCCUCUUUGUCUAUUCCAGCAUUGAAGAGUAGUAGUGGAACCAGCGAAAACGAACCAACACAAGGUAAGGAAUCUACAAGAUCGAUGCCUUCUUCGCCUACACAGUCUGAGUUCCCCAAGAACACCAGGACAAACUCAUCUUCUCUCCUCCAGAACGAUGCUUCGGCCGACUCCUUCAACGGAUUGGCUCCAUACUUACAAGACACCAUCACGAGACCGGGCAAUGUUCAAGUCAUUAAGGAGUUGAACCAGGUCCCAGUGUUGAUCCGGGCCGAGAUCGGCAUGGCACUCCCAUGUUUGACGGUUCGUGUCUUGAAUCCAUUUGCAGAGGAACAAUAGUACUCCCAUUGACUUUGUAAUAUUUUUCUACUUACACGACUUGAUGAGUUUCUUUCAAAGUGCUUUCAAUUUAUUUAUUGUUUCCACUUAUUCGUUUUCAGCAUCUCUAACAAUAAUCAAACUUUAAUAAAUAAUGCGGUAUUAUGAUAAAGUAGU